GUUUCAUUCAUUCAAUUUGAUGAUUCAACAAUCAGUCAACAAAGCUGACAUUUUUCGAAGUUGUUUUGAGUUCUGCAAAUUCGCAAUUUUUGCAAGUGCAUUGUGUAGUUUAUAAUUGUGCGUAUCGAGCAAAUAUUUUCUCAAAACUGAUGUAGAAUUGCAAAAAAUGCUUGGGAAUUUUGAAAACGUGGGCGCGUUCAUACGCAACUGCAACGGCACCAAGUUAAAAUACGACCAAGCUUGUUUGGAGAUUACUACGAAUGAGAACAUAACAUUUUGGAGUCAAUAUGUGGAGUGCGAGGAUUGUAUGCUGCUCCCAACCAAGAAUUUGCCGACUUCUGGAGCUGUGGUGAUCGAAACUUUCAGUCCUCUUCGGUAUGCUAUACGAAAUAGCAGUGGAGAGAUCUGUAAUGGGACGUAUGAAUUUGGGGAGUUUGGGCAGUACAGUAUAAAUGUGACUCCAGAGAUCAAACACGAAUGUCUCCCACGCAUGACAGCUGAACCCGAUGCCGCCUACCUUCCGAUCCUCACCGCUGUGGUGGUGCUGUUGUCUAUGGCCACACUCUGGUAUAUUGUCAAGGGGAUUGGGAAACGGAUAGUGGCUGGGCGGUUUUAUGCGACCUACUUUGCAAGGGAAGACAAUGAACUAGGUUCAGAGACAAGGGUGCUGACGACAGAAGCAAGCGUGCCGAGGUCCCCUACCCGUUCUAGACUUCGCUCUCUUGACAUUUUUAGAGGAUUCACUAUUGCACUUAUGAUAUUCGUGAAUGCAGGCGGCGGUGGCUACGGUAUAUUCUCCCACUCCACGUGGAAUGGUAUUACCAUCGCAGAUGUGGUGUUUCCAUGGUUCGCCUUCGCAAUGGGCGAAGCCCUAGUGCUCUCUCUCAACGCUAGGCUUAGGACCUCAAUGCCUAGGACUACUGCGCUGGCGCAGGUGGCCCGGAGAUCUCUCUUGCUAUCGCUCAUAGGAAUAUGCCUGGGUUCAGUCAACUCGUCCUGGACUAAUGUUCGUCUCCCGGGAGUAUUGCAGCGGUUAGCAGCCAUGUACCUCAUCACAGGUGCUUUAGAGUGUGCAUUCAUGAGGACCAGCCAGAACAUAACACCAGGUCGUUCGUUGUUCCGUGACAUAGCAGCAGGCUGGCAACAGUGGCUCGCAACUAUAUUAAUUGUCGCUGUACAGGUGUGCAUAACCCUACUGGUGCCAGCACCGGGUUGUCCCCCGGGGUAUUCAGGACCUGGUGGUCUACAUCGCACUGCUUUGGGAGACUUUUCACUGCAAAACUGCACUGGAGGCAUCGCAGGAUAUAUUGACAGGUUAUUACUGGGACCAUCUCACUUGUACGAGCAUGGAACAUUCCGGAAGGUCUACCACACAGUGGUGCCACAUGAUCCUGAAGGAAUCCUGGGAAUACUCUCCGGGGUGCUGGUGGUGCAAGCCGGGGCUCAUGCCACAAGGAUUAUGCUUGUCUAUAAUCAUGCUCGAGCCCGUAUAAUGCGCUGGAUAUUCUGGUCGAUAGUCUUUGGAGUAUCCGGUGGUGCCCUCUGCAUGUUUUCCAAGAAUGGUGGCCCCAUACCCAUCAACAAAAACCUGUGGUCCGUGUCCUAUUGUCUGGUCACAGCAUCCAUGGCCUUCUUCAUACAAGCUGUGCUCUACUUCCUGGUGGACCUCAAGACCAAGUGGGGGGGAAGGCCUUUGUAUUAUGCUGGUCAAAACGCGCUAUUCCUGUAUAUAGGCAGCGAGCUUCUAAAACGUCAUUUCCCGUUAUACUGGCAUGUGCCCGCACCCACACACUCACAGCUAUUGGCCACACAUGCAGCUGCCAUGCUCAUGUGGCUAGCGGUCGGCGUGGCCUUGCAUAGGAAACGCAUCUUUAUCACCUUGUAAUAAAGACUAAUAUCCUCCGUACUGUCAUGUGCUCACACCCACACACAGCUAUUGGCCACACAUGCAGCUGUCAUGUUUAUGUGACUAGCGGUCGGCGUGGCCUUGCACAGGAAACGCAUCUUUUCGCCUUAUCAUACAGACUAAUAUCCUUUAUGCUAUCAUAGUACUUAGGCUCUUAAUAUGUGACUUGCGGAAGGGUGUGGCUCUGCACAGGAAACGGAACGUUACUACUUUGGAAUAGAGACUAUUUUUCGUAUAAUGACACGCCAAACUUCUGUCACGCUCUCAGGUUCACGUAUUCUGUGAAGCUAGGUAGAAAAAAAAUAGUUAUUGCGAUAGCAUUCUCCUCGUGUUCAGAGCGUUAUGGGAAUUUUGCGUUGCGUUGGUGUCAGGUAAAAAGAAGUGUGACCUUGAGUGAGUGAUUUAUCGGUCUAUUUAACCAAAUACGGAAUGAUACGCUACAGUUGUUGUCUUUUCUGCCGCGCUAUUGGUUCGUGAAUCAACCUUUCGCUUCUCGCACUGUGGCAUAGUACAGUACCCAUGCGCUAACAAAU